AUGGCACCUCCAAGUUACACGAAAUACAUCGCCUUCGAGCGCGCUCCUGGCGUCUCGAGAAUCGGUCACUACGAUGAGUCCAGUGGUAACAUCCAGCCACUCUCUUUCGCGUCUGGAACACCCAUAUCGAACUUGUACGAAGUCAUUGAGGUAGGGGAGAAGGGCAUCGCACCCGCUGGCGAGCCAAUUCCGCUCUCUUCGGUCAAGCUUCUCGCCCCAAUCUACGGACGCGACGUGCUGGCUGUGGGUAAGAAUUACGCCGAACACGCUCUGGAGUUCCACAGCUCUGGAUACGAUAGCUCGGACAGGACUGCCCAGCCUACGCAUCCCGUAAUUUUUACCAAGCGAGCUACUUCCAUCAUUGCUCACGGAGAGGACAUCUACCCCCACCCAAAGUUCACCACUACGUUGGACUACGAGGGCGAGAUUGGCGUCAUCAUUGGAAAGACGGGCUUCCGCGUUUCUGAGGCUGAUGCGAUGAAACAUGUCUGGGGCUAUACCAUCAUCAAUGAUGUUACUGCUCGCGAGAGGCAACGGGAUCACAAGCAAUUCUAUAUUGGCAAAUCCCCCGAUACUUUCUGCCCUAUGGGCCCAAUAGCUGUUCCCGCGAGCCAUCUACCAGAAGUCCUACGUGUGCAAACUCAUGUCAAUGGUAACAAGCGGCAAGACGCAACUACCAACGAUUUGAUCUUUUCGAUCCCCACUCUCGUCAAGACGCUUUCCGAAGGACAGACACUUCAACCCGGAGAUGUCAUAGCUACCGGAACACCCGCUGGUGUUGGUUUCGGCCAAAAGCCCCCAGUUUUCCUCCAGCCUGGUGACGAAGUCACCAUUUCUGUGACUGGAUUGGGAACUCUCAGCAACAAAAUCGCAGCGAACGCGUCUGUGAACCCCAUCAUUCAGCAGGUCGCCCAAGUCUCUUCCAUCGCAUACACCAACGCCGCUAAAUCUCUCAAUUCAGAUGUCGGCCUGACAUCAAUCAACCACAAGCCUCUCUACUAUCACCAAGUUGGCGACGCAUCUAAACCUCCAAUCGUGUUCGUCCACGGUCUAGGCGGAACGAACGAAUACUGGACACCUCUCCUCCACUCCUUGUCCCAAACGCACUCCUGUCACCUCUUCGACCUGGAAGGCCAUGGCAUCUCUCCCACUCAUCCCCUGAGCGCUCCCUCCAUCUCUUCCUUCGCCAAUGAUGUUCGCGGGGUGUUCGAUCACGCCAAGAUCACAGCUAGUUCCGGUGCUACGCUCAUAGCGCACAGCAUGGGCUGCCUCGUCGCACUAUCCUUCGUUCUCGCGAUUCCCGGACUCGUGAAAAAGCUCGUUCUCGUCGGCCCUCCACCUUCGCCUCUCCCGGAAGCUGCAUCAAAGGGGUCGUACGCGAGAGCCACACUCGCACGCACCGAAGGCAUGACUGCCGUCGUUGAUGCUGUCGCUACCGCUGGAACGUCAGAAUACACGAAGGCAUCGAACCCACUUGGCCUGGCGGCUGUGCGGAUGAGUCUGCUUGGGCAGGAUCCGGAAGGGUACGCGAAAGCGUGUGCCGCACUCGCUGGUGCUACUGAAGGACUCGACAUUGCCAGUGUGGAUGCCGAGACUCUAAUCAUCACGGGUGACGAGGACAAGGUGAGUCCGGCGGAAGUCUGCGGAGCCUACAAGUCGAAAUUGGGAAAGAAGUCCGCCGGGGUCAAGGUUCUAGAAAACACAGGGCACUGGCACGCGUUUGAGAGCCCGCAGAAGUUGGCGGAGGUGGUUAGUGGUUUUGUUUGAUGUGUUACACGUGGGAGGUAUUGAACCGGUAGGAAUAGGGCACAGCAACACAAUACGCAUAGAUUCCGCUUUCUCUAUUUCGUCUUCUGUCGCCACCCACUAGAUACCUAUAAAUAUGUGAAAGGGCUCACUCCGCCUGUCGUCACUUAUACAGCACCGAGGCAUAAGUUUGGCCACUUCUUAAUUACAACUCCUUGAGCUUUUUCGAAAC